AAUGUUUAAAAAAUACAGUCUUGGUGUUGCCGAUUAUGUUAUUAUUUCUUUGACACUUUUGUUAUCGACUGGGAUAGGAUUAUGUGCAAGGUAUUUCAAAGGUCAACAGAAAAUAGCUACGGAUUAUUUGUUGGCAGGAAAAAAUAUGCCAAAAUUUCCUGUCAUCUUUUCUAUCAUUGUUACUCUCACAUCUACGUCUUCGUUUCUUUCAUCACCAGCUGAAGUUUACAAAUAUGGCAUCGCUAUUUCCAUCGUUAAUUUUAUGAUACCUGUAGGAAUGUUUAUAUCAUCAAGCGUUAUUAUACCAGUGUAUUUCCAAUUACCUUGAAAUGCGGUAUGGACGAAUCAUCAGAUAUCUGGUGUCCGUUAUGUUUCUUCUGCAGAUGGUAUUUUACAUGUCUAUUUCUCUUUAUGGAGCAGUUUUGGCAUUGAGUGCUGUUACAGACUUGUCUUUUGAAAUGUCAGUUGUGUCCUUGGGAACUGUUUGUGCUCUCUAUUGUUCCUUGGGAGGACUUGACGCUGUUUUGUGGACAGAUGUUUUUCAAGCUAUUUUAAUGAUAACUUGUUUAUUAGCUAUAUACAUAGCAGGCAUCUCUGAUGCAGGUGGUAUUUCCGAUCUCUUUCGAAAGGUUUCGACUGGCAAAAGACUAAACUUUUUCGAACUCGUGCCAGAUAUAACCCAACGGUAUGGAUUCUGGGCUUGUGCAACUCAUGGAAUUAUGGCGGGAAUGGCCUUCUUUGGAACAAAUCAAGUUGAAGUACAAAGAUUACUGAGUCUCAGUAAUAUAAAACGAGCAAAAUCAACGCUUCGAAUGAGUAGUUUACCAGUGUUUUUCAUGUACUCUGCCUGCUGUUACAUUGGAGUGGUGCUAUAUGGUGUUUACUAUAACUGUGACCCAAUCUUAAACAAAGAGAGAACAGGAUUAAGAAAAUAUGAUCAAGUCGUCCCGGCUUACAUUGUUACAAGAUUUAGCUCUUAUCCAGGACUGACAGGUCUAUGCAUAGCUGGCAUCUUCAGUGCUUCCAUGAGCACUAUUUCCUCGUGUCUAAAUUCUGCCUCAACCGUGACAGUCAUUGAUUAUUUAAUACCAAUCUUCAGAAAGGGCAACAUUUCUGAAUUUAGAAUCAUUUUAGUGGCGAAAAUUGUGUCUGCUAUCUAUGGUGGUGUUUGCAUAGGUCUUAGCUUUGUUUUUCAACACACAGACAGUAUUCACCAUUUGACUCAAGUAUUUAUUGCAUUACCUCAAGGUAUUAUUUGUGCAACUUUUCUGUUUGGAAUGCUGACAAGAAAAGCUGGUGAUAAA